GUGAUGUGACCCCCCCCCCAGCCCCGCUGUGCUGUGCCCCCAGCCCCGCUGUCCCACAGCUCGCCGAAUCUCCGAUGCUUCAAUGGCCCCCAGCCCCGCCGCCCCACGGCCCCCAGCCCCACCGGCCCCCCGCCACCCUCUUGUGCCCCCCAGCCCCCCGAGGCCCCCCUCGCCCCCACGCAGGGCCGGGCGCCGGGCGCUGACUGCGCCGUGGGUGAUUCAUCCUGCUCCAGCCCCCCCCCCCCCGCGCCGGCAGCUGCCAAAAAUAGCGCUGCGGGAGGGGGGGGGACCCUCCACAUCACCUCCCGGCCCCCCCCGCACCGGCGGCGGGCCGGGAUGGCGGCCACGGGCCGCUGUCCCCGACACUCCCAUCCCCGGGGCUGCGGGGACCGCGACCCGGAGCGGAGGGACCCCACGCUCCUGUUGCCACGUGAGCGGGUGCCACCCCCGUGCCCGCGCCCCUGAGCCCGGCCAUGCCCAGCCCCGUCCGCCGCCCCCCGGGGGCCGCGCUGGCGCCGGGGCUGGCCAUGGUGCCGGCGGAGGGCUCGGCGCUGCUGCGCGCCGUGUCCCAGGGCAAAUUCCGCCUGACGCGGCUGCUGCUGGAGGGGGGCGCCUACAUCAACGAGGGCAACGCGGCGGGCACGACGCCGCUGAUGGCCGCGUGCCGCGCCGGCUACGCCGACCCGCCCGAGCAGCCGCGCAUGGUGCGGUACCUUCUGGAGAACGGCGCCGACCCCAACAUCCCCGACAAGGCGGGCAGGACGGCGCUGAUGCACGCCUGUGCCGAGCGCGCCGGCCCCGCCGUGGCCGCCGUGCUGCUGGCCCACGGCGCCGACCCCAGCGCCCGCGACUACGCCGGCGGCUCGGCCCUCGUGUACGCCCUGGAGCGCGGGGACCGCGAGACGCUGCAGGUGCUGCUGGACGCGUGCCGGGAGCGCGGCCGCGACGUGAUCAUCAUCACCUCGGCCACCUCGCCCCGCGGCACCAAGACCACCCGCCAGUACCUGAACUCGCCGCCAUCGCCCGCGCUCUGCGCGUCCCCCUCGCAGGUGCAGGUGCGGGCGUCGCCGGGCGCCGGCGGGAGGGACGAGGAGCGCGACGUGUUCCAGUUCCCACCGGCCGCGCCGGCCGCCGCUCCGGAGCCGCCGAGGGCCGGGCCCAAGAGGCAGCUGAAGAGGCUCAACUCGGAGCCCUGGGGGCUGGCGGUGCCGGGGGCCGAGGGGACGGCGCGGGGAAGCCUGGACGGGACGCGGGGCCCUCCGGAAGGCUCGUGGGGUAACCCGGAGGGCCCACGAGGAGCCCUGGAAGGGACGAGGGCCCCGCCAGAGCGGCUGGAGGGGCUGGGGCUGCGGCCUCGCCGGCACAGCGUGGAGGGCCGCGAGGCCUCGGGGCUGCCCUGGGCAGAGCGGGCGCCCCCCGUGCCCCCCACGGCGCGCCAAGCCCCGGCCCCCGACCCGCCGCGGGGCAAACCCCUGUGCCGGGACCCCCUGGACCCCGAGGGGGCUCCCCCAGGGCCGCUGCGGCGCCCGGGCGGGCUGCUGGAGCGCCGCGGCUCUGGAACGCUGUGCCUGGAGCCCCCCGGGCCAGGCAGGGCCGGGCUGCUGCCCCCGCUGCCCCCCGGGCCGCCCCGGGCGCUGCUGCGCCGCCGACACUCCAUGCAGCCCGAGCUCGUGGCCUUCCGCAGCGCCCUGGGCCCCGAGCCCGGCUCGUAG